GUUCUGAAACAAGAAACUGAGAAUACCAAAAAAGAGAGAAAAAUAUAUCACACUUUUCUUUUUUUUUGCCAAUUUUGGAUUCUGGUGGUUUUUCAAAAAAAACAAAGAUCACGAGUGUCACUUGUGUUCUCUGUAACCGUUUCAUUUGCUCAAUUACAGAGAAACCAAAGAAAAAAGACAGAACAUAACCCAAAAAAUAUUCAAUUGUAGUUUUGCUCUCUUCUUCCUCUUCUUUCUUCAUUGAGAAUCCUAGAGUUACAUCAAAAAAUGGAUUCUGAUCUUUACAUCUUUGAUGGGUCUUCAUCUUCUUCUUCAAUCUGCCAUAGUACUGAUCCGGAUAUGUUCUCUUCCGACACAACAACAACAACAACAACAGAUCUCUUCUGCAACAACCCUUACCUCAAUCCUUUAAUGGAUGAUCAUCAAUCUCUUAAUUUCUUUGAUAAUUUUACCCCUACGAGUCAUCAUCAUCUCCUCUCUUCUUCUCCACCAAUAUCGCAGCUCCAAACCUUAACUCUCUCUCACACAAACAGUUUCCCAAACUUCUCCGGUUUCGAAAGCUUCGACACAGUCAAAACAGAGCAGCUCUUGUUUAAUUCACCGUUUGAUGCUCCAUUCAUGGAAGACUCCUCGACUUUCCAGAAUCAGAAUUUACUAAACUCGCCGGAAGAUUCCUACUUCUCCGGUCACAUGCGACGAGUUUACAGUACCGGAGAUUUGCAGAAUAUGAGAAGGGAUUUUACGGGACAGAGAUCAUACUCGAGUCCUUUGGCGGUGGAGAGUUCAUCAACGACGCAAUUUACCGGUGAAGAUCAGAGCUUGAAGGUGGGGCGUUACAGUUCAGAGGAACGUAAAGAGAAGAUUUCAAAGUACAGAGCUAAACGAACACAGAGAAACUUCACCAAAACCAUUAAGUAUGCAUGCCGGAAAACGUUGGCGGACAACAGGCCAAGAGUACGUGGCAGAUUUGCAAGAAACGACGAAGUUUUUGAGAACCCCAAGAUUGCUUCUUCCUUCACUAGACAAGAAAACAACGACGACGACCUUUGGAAUUUGGAUGGGUUGCAUGAGGAAGAAGAAGCUUGUGUGAGCUUAGUGGAGUGUCAGCCUCAGUUGCAAAUGCAAUACAUGACAAAUUCCUUUUGGUGAAAGCCUUUGUUUGAGAUGGAGGAGCUGAACAUUUUUAUACCGUCUAAGCUAGUAUGGAGAAGAAUCAAAUCAUGCAUUACAUAUAUUAAGCAAGUUAUGGUAGUGCUAAUGGUUGGAUUUACCAUGAAGUUGAGUAAUCACAAUUCGAAUCUUUUCACUCAUGUAAACGUUUCAAAAUGGUAUAAAUAUCCGGCUUGUUAUCGUUCUCAAAAUAUUAGUUAGAGAGAUUUGGGUUAA